AUGUCCGCACUCUUGAGUCGCGCGCGGGACACUGAAGCGGCGUUGGCAUUCGUGUUGUCUUGCGCCGAAUUGGUUGAAGCCUUUUCGGUCAAGGGUUAUGUUCAUGCUGGUUUCCUUGAUACUGAGGACGAAGAUGUUCCGGCGAGGUUCACCAAUCUCUUGAAUGUCGGACUCGAAUUGCUUCAUCGAAUUUCGAAGCGCGUUGUUUAUUGGCGCAUCGUGUUUAUGCUGCGAGCGGGUUUCUUACAGGAAGAGUUUUCAACAAGUAUGCUAGACGCGUCUUCACUACGACCAAUGAAUGCUUCGGAGAGAUCAAUCAGGGAUGAUCGCAGCGUUUGUGAGGAGAGCGUGAAAACUGAUGUGGAUCGUUUCGAGAUUGAUUCAACGUCGAGUGUGUUUGGUGGACACGGAGCACAUGCCAUUCGUCGGAUAGACAGGAAGGCUAUGGAAGCCAUGUGCAAUUGCGACGACAGCUCAGUCAAGUUGAAGGCUGCUGUUAUUUUUUAUGCUGCGGAUGAGGAGUUGCAUGAGUCUCUGUUGUACAUCUGGUUCUCGGACAUCAUCGACGGGUUCCUCGGAUUUUUGGCCUUGAAUUCGGAGGGAGAUCCUCAGCAAGGUGUUGCCCCGGGGCAUGAUGCAGCAGUUGGCCGGAAAGAGAGUGUUGGCAUAUACAGUAUGUGCAAAUCUCGUGACGAUUUCAGGAAUCUUGCAGUCAAAGCGAACUUGGACAGUAAAUUGAGUGUUCACUCCUACCAGAACGAAUGGUCGUGA